AUGGAAGCCUCGUUUGAUCGGAGAAUCUUGAAUCAAUUGGAGAUUCCUCUCCAGAGACACGGUAAGAAUCCCAAUCUGCUGGACAUUCCUCUAGGACCAUUGGACGCUCCCAACCCUCCACUGGGACAACAAAGUAGGAAGAAAUCUUGGCAGGAUUUACCCAAUCGUGCGCGCAGUUUCGAGGUACCGCGUAUGACCCGAGCUCCUCUGGAUUAUUCUACCACAAUCGACGAUUCGAGACCUUCUCGGUCAUUCGACGAUGCUUUGAUUACGCGAAACUCAUUCUGUAAACAGAGAAGUUUUGAAAGUACUUCCAGGGGACUUGUCAACCGGGGUGACACAUUAAGGGUGCUAACUCCGAGUCCAGAUCCUCCUUCUCCCGGUAGGGAUUCCCCCAAAAUGCUCUCCCGAAGCCCAGCUGCUGUACGGAGAGACGCAUUUAGACUCCAGUCACGUAGCCCCGAAAUGUUAGCCUACAGCGAUUCUCCGUUGUUGGGCCGAAGAUCGCCAAGCCCCGCCAAGGACCUGUUUCUCUCGUCGGGUGGUCCAUCUCCUGGCCAUAUACAAGUCAGUCCUAAAAGUAAACGUAAAGAUUCAAUAGGGGGACAUUGUGCAGGGAGACUUACACCAAGUCCAACACAGUUGCGGAGAUCAUUCGGGAGCGCAAGUGAUCCUAGCACCAGUACUUCCUUAAGCUUUGAUGAAGAGUUUAUGUUUUUGGAUCUAUCUGAUAGUGAUAGUGGUGCCCAAUCAUCCGCUAUUACACCAUACACAGUUUUGGUUCUGGGCUCGGAAGGCGUCGGUAAAACGGCCCUAAUUGACCAGUUCAUGACGUCAGAAUUUCUUGGGGGCUUUGAUACCGAUGAGACCGAUGACAGCGAAGGUGUUAAAACAGUAUCCGUACUCCUGGAUGACGAAGAAUCAAUUAUCAACUUCAAGGAGAUGCGUGAUAAUGAGGUACAAGAAAUCGCCUUAUAUGAUGAGAAAUACAAAGUUGACGCCUAUCUUGUUGUAUUCUCAUUAAUCAGCAGACAAUCUUACCUCCACGCCAAAAACGUGUUAAAAACUCUAAAUGAGGAGCCUCACCACUGUGCCAUAUUAUUGAUUGGUAACAAAAAUGAUAUUGUGAGAAACAGGAAGGUAUCCUGCGAAGGGGCCAAAACUUCCUCAAAGGAAUGUAGUUGCUAUUACAUAGAAACGUCAGCAUCUCUGAAUUAUAACGUCGAUGAACUUCUUGUACAAACAGUUAAACAAAUUCGCAAGAAAGAGGAACGAGAUGAAAAAUCCAAGCGUCGAAGAAGCUCAUCUGCUGUUAGACUUCGCAAUGCUGCCAAAGACUUGAAACAUAAAGUGUCAAAGAUACAAAAGCAGCUUUCAAUUACGAAGUUAUAGCGGUAAUAUUGUCAGCAACAAUGAUUGGACUGUGAAAAGUUUAUCGUAUAUUUUGUGAACGUUGACGAAAUGAAUUACACAUUGUCCGGAAAUGAUCUUGUCGGCCUGAGUAAAGAAUGUCGUGAUUGUGCAUCAUAUAAACUGCUAUCAAGAUUGUCUCAUUGUAAAGAAAUGGAUGUGUAUAGAUGUUUAAAUAGCCGUUAACGCUUCAUAUUCCAACAAAAAUACGCGAGAAGGAGAACUCCCAACAUUAGGGAUCGCACUCGCAGCCUUUUAUCAGCUCCUUUGCAAUCAGAAAUUUGUGAAUAGAUUGAGAGACGAGACUUUUACAUUUACUCAGUUUCUACAGAAGUGGAAACUUCCGAGAGUUCUACAUACCAAGUGGAAACGAUAUAAGAGACUUCUGAGUUUCACAUACUUUUUCGCCACAUGUGGUAUCACAAACCCUGUUUUGCACCUGGGGCGGUGAAUUCGUACGAUCUGUGAUCCGAUCCAGAUAAACGUCAUGGUAAUGAUGCAUUGUUGGAUUAAUCUUGGAAUUCAUCCGAACAUUGGUGAAUUCGUACAAUAUUUAAGGAUUAAUUUUAUCCGAAUCUCAAUCCACCUACAUAGGUGGAUUGAUUUUCGGAUAGUUUUUAUCCGAAUUCCAAUGUAAUUUGGAUAAAACUUGGGGAAUCUUCCUUAACCCCAGGAUCGUACGAAUUCAUAAAAUAUUAAUCCGG